AUGAAAGGGUUAGGAUCCAACCGCAGUCGACAUCUCUCCGACUCAUGUGAACCAGCAGGGUGCCCGCAGAAAGCGCUCUUCCCUUUGACCUCUGACCCUCACUGCUCCUUCAUGUUGAGCCCAACCAUAAACCACUAUGGUACCCUGGACCCUCACCUCCAACAGUAUCCCGCCACCAGCCCCACUACCUUGACUCCAGACUGCAUGGUGCCUUUCAACCAGUUAUCCAAUAGCAGCACCUUCCCUCGUCUCCACUUCACCCCGCAGACGGAACAGUCGGACUUUCCCCAGGGUUGUAUGUCAGGCAGUGCGGGAGCAGCACAGGGGAACAGAGCAAGUGCACUGUCCACCUCUUUGUCAAUGGGUAUGGGCUUAGGCUUGGGUCUCACCGGUGCUCCUAUGAUCACAAGCGGAUCAGCCACCAUCUCCUCGGCAGCAGCAGCCAAGAUGAAUCGUUUACCAUCCAACAUCUUGGAUCAACUAGAAAGGCAUCUGCCCCUGCAACGGGACGGCUUCAGCACUUUGCAGUUUCACAGAGGACGUAUGUCAAAGCAACGCAGCGAAAGUCCAGGACGGAUACGCCACCUGAUGCAUUCUGUACAGAAGCUCUUUGCCAAAUCUCAAUCCCUGGAAAACUCUUCAGUGAAAGGAAACGCAAUCACCGGAGCCAGCAGUGACGGUGGCAGACCGACCCAAAGGAGUAAGAGUAAAGAUAGGGCUAAGACUGAAGGACCAAAGCAGAGAUCAAGACCUAACCCGUUAGGCCUGUGGAACUCAGACAACGCUCUUGACAGUGAUGCUACCAAAGCUGGCACAAUUGCUGUUGGUUACCGUAACCCGUUGUGCAUGAUGACACUCGGAAGAGCAAUAUCAGACAGCCAAGCCCAACCUAGGCAUAUCCCACACGGUUACAACACCAUUUCUGCACAUUCUCUCAAAUCUUCAAAAAGCAGCAGUGACCUCAAGCUCCUGGGAUGUCCAGUAUCACAGGUUGGAUCCAAAGAUGAGGAGGGAAGAGCUCGGAGCAAGGAUGAUACAUUGGUAAAAAGGGGAUCCUGGUCUAAUCUCACACUGAGUCAGGCCAGGCAAGUGUUACAGAAAGGCUCUGCUACAGUGAACAGGACCCUUUUGAAAACCAAGUCAUGCCACCAGGAUUUGGCUAACCAAUUCCUUCAGGUUCCACAGGGGGACUGCGCUGGCACUUUAGGGCCAGGCCGAGCCAAAGGAACAGAAAUCCCAUGUCGAAGGAUGCGCAGUGGCAGCUAUGUGAAAGCAAUGGGAGACAUUGAGGACAGCGAUGAUUCAGAGGGUAGCCCCAAACCAUCCCCCAAAUCUGCAGCCCGUCGUCAAAGCUAUCUGAAGGCCACUCAGCAGUCCUUCAGUGAACAGCAGCCGCCUCCAACUGCACGCAAGCCUCGUUUCUACGCUCUCAUGCGGGAGGAUUUUCUAUGGUCUCCACUACAGAGUGCAUGCUCUAUGCAGCAUCUGAGCUCUCUGCCUUCCCUUAAAGAGCUGUCCACCAAUCGGAGUCUUGACAACUUAGACUGCCUGGUGAGCCCACUGGAAACGCCACCAGGUCACGGACACAAAACUUUCAGCCUUUGUCCGGGUACCUUAACCAGGGGGUUUGCCGCUCAGGCAUGUGGGCGUGACUUUGGCCACUCUGUUCCGCACUGUGAGGGGGAAUCCCAGUCAGUGGAAGCCUUGGACCUUCCUGCGCCAACCUGCUUUAGGUCACGUAGCCACAGCUACCUGAGGGCCAUCCAGGCUGGUUGCUCACAGGAUGAAGAUACAGCCUCGGUGGACUCCGACUCACCCCCACCCACCGCCAAAAGCUACAACUCAAAUACCAUCAACAAUAGGAAGGCCCCACCUCCAGUCCCACCCCGCACCACCUCCAAACCUCUCAUCUCAGUGACACUUCAGAGCAGCACAGAGUCCGCCCAAGACACGUACCUUGACCAACAAGACCACGGAAGUGAAGCAAACAGCCAAUCGGGACAUAGCAAUUCCUCUGAAAGUCUCUGUAGCAUCCGCAACAGCGGUCUGGCCAAGAGGAGGCAGGCUCCCACUGCUUCCCCUGCUGCUAUUCCUGCCGCUGCUGCAGCCUCUGUGCCCCCUGUUCCAGCCCCUCGUGAGCUUCCACCCACUACCUCUUCCACCACUUCAACAUCUGCUCAGCCUCAAAAUGACACCCUGAACACUGGCCUCACUUUGGAGCAGCCUCCCAUUGUACCCAAACGAAAGCUAUCUUCUAUUGGAAUUCAGGUGGAUUGCCUUCAGCCUGUUACAAGAGAAGAACCAUUGCCCUUGGCUGCGCCUCUAAAAUUCCAGUCCAUUGGAGUUCAAGUGGAGAACGGCAGGCCUCUUAGCCGAGACAGCAGCAUGGCCUCCAGACAAAACACUGAGACCGAGCCUCAGGAACAACUCGAAGCCCCGCUCUCGGAAAGCAGCAAAGCCAACGGCACCAGUCCUAAUGCCACAAAUUUUAACGAAUCCAACACUAAGGACAAAGUCUUGGAACAACUUUCUCAUAAACAAACGUCACCUCCAUCCAGAACGUCCUCCUCGGCCCUACAGUCCCUGGACCCGGCUUUAGAUCCGUCAUCACUGCCCCCACCAGAUCCAAGCCUGGGGACCGGAAACUGCAACGCACAAGGAGACGCGGCACAGGCCAGCACGCCAGCUUGCCUCCGAGAUGGUAACUGGUUCCUGAAGCUGCUGCAGGCGGAAACCGGCCGCAUGGAGGGUUGGUGUCAACAGAUGGAACAGGAGACCAAAGACAACAAGCUGUCAGAGGAAGUGUUGGGUACGAUCCGGAGCGCAGUCGGCAGUGCCCAGCUCCUCAUAUCACAAAAGUUUGAGCAGUUCAGGGGGCUCUGUAAUGAAAACCUGAACGUGAAUGCCAAUCCACGGCCAACAGCCCAGGACCUUGCAGGCUUCUGGGAUCUUCUACAACUCUCAAUAGAAGACAUCAGCAUGAAGUUUGACGAGCUUUACCAAUUGAAAACUAACAACUGGCAACUUCCUGAGAAAUCAAAUAAGGUCGAAAACAAGCAACUUCCAUCCUCUGUGCCAAAGAAGCAAUCUAAACCCAGGCUUUCAGCUGGGAAGGACAGAAGUGUGGACUCUGCUGUGGACAAACAGAGACAAGAAGCCCGAAAACGGUUGAUGGCAGCGAAGCGCGCGGCGUCUGUGCGACAGAACUCUGCCACAGAGAGCGCCGACAGCAUAGAAAUUUAUGUCCCGGAGGCACAGACCCGCCUCUGA